UCAGAGUCGCUUAUUUCGAAAUUGGUUCUCGAGACCACGAGACUGUGAAUCAUUUCGUGUGAGUGUUGGAUUUACAAUAUAAGACCACGCCUCUAGUGUACAUACAGGGAAAUCAGACGGACAGUACAUACAGGGAUAUCAAGGGGACACGACUGUUUCCCUAAAGCUGCCGUCUCUGUCGGUGUGACGUCAUAGUAACAACCGGAUACUGGUUAAGCGACAAGACAGCUUUCAUUUUCCCGAGAAGCAGACGACACUUCAGUUCAAUUCAACAUGGUGGCAGGAUGUGGCGCAAACCUCGCCAAAGUGGCGUUAGUAGUCGUGAAUGUAAUAUUUCUGUUGCUUGGUUUAGCUAUUGCAGUAGCAGGACUUUACUUCAAAUUCGGAGAAGAUAUCCUUCAGGAUGACAUUAAAAAUGCAUUGGAUGAAAUUAAUCUGGACGUCGUUGGCGGAGUGGACGUUUACACACUGCUCGAUCAGAUGUCGAACAUCUUCAUUGCUGUCGGCUUCAUCAUCUUCGCCAUUGGGUUUUUCGGAUGUUGUGGAGCGUGUUGUCAAUGGCGAUGGAUGCUUGUGAUAUACGCCAUCGUCGUCAUCCUGUUGAUGAUCGUACAGAUAGCCGGGAUAGCACUGUUUGCCUCCUUCAAGGGCGAGAUAAACAGCUCUUUCUCCAAGGAGGCUACUAAACUUCUGACAGACAAGUAUGACCGCGCCAGCGCAGAUGAAGACAAAAAAAAGAUUACCGAAGGCUUCAACCAGUUGUUCAAAACGUUUCAGUGUUGCGGGAUCCACAACUACACAGACAUUUCAUCAUCUACCACCAACUUACCACCUGAGUGUUGCCCCACAACUGUAACUACAUCGACUGUCUGUCCGACUAACGAUGCGAACGACGGCUGCUUCACCAAGUUGGAUGACUUGUUUUCCAAGUACCAAACCAUCUUCAUUGCAGUUGGCGUAUGCAUCAUCGUAUUCCAGCUGCUGUGUGUCAUCUUCAGCUUCUGUUUGUGCACAGCCAUCAGCCGUGAAGGUGCUGUGUAAAGAUGAUGGACAGCCAUAGACAUAUCAAACCAGAGUUUAUAUAGAUAUGAAUGCCACGGCCAGCAUUAAUAUGGAGUGAGUGACAAAUGUCAUUGCUAGCAUGCAAUCAAUCUUAUAUUUUAUCUAUCGGAGUGGAAGGCAAGAACAACUAAGGUUCUAAAUUAAGUUUCUUUUUAAUUCAUAUACAAAUCCGAAACAAAAAUUCCACAAUCAUUGUGUGAAAUGCCAUUACCAGAUUUAUUUCUAUUUUGUCCUCUUCAUUAUAUAAACGGUAAGUAGGGUAUUUUACAGUCAAACUUCAUUAUCUCAAAAUCCGAUUACUCGAAGACGCUGACUAACGCGAAGAAAAAAUUCAGUUCUGUGAAAACUCUUUCUACGUGUCAAUGUACACUGUACCUCGAAUAUAGGGGACAUGAUUUUCAUGACCUCAGACUUUGAGGUAGUGAUGUUCGACUGCAGUCAUUUGUGGAACUUGAAAUCGUUUCUGGAAAUCAUGUUGACAGACUUUUAAUGAACAAUUCUUUGUACAUCGUUUAUAUGUGUAUUUCGUUCGUCAAGACACGUUCUGUUCGUCCGUCAUCUUGUUAAGUUUCCAUCUCGACUCUGAUUUAUCGUGUUAAGCUUCAUCUCGACUCUGAUUUAUCGUGUUAAGUUUCAUCUCGACUCUGAUUUAUCGUGUUAAGCUUCAUCUCGACUCUGAUUUAUCGUGUUAAGUUUCAUCUCGACUCUGAUUUAUCGUUUUAAGUUUCAUCUCGACUCAGAUUUAUCGUGUUAAGCUUCAUCUCGACUCUGAUUUAUCGUGUUAAGUUUCAUCUCGACUCUGAUUUAUCGUGUAAAGUUUCAUCUCGACUCUGAUUUAUCGUGUUAAGUUUCAUCUCGACUCUGAUUUAUCGUGUUAAGCUUCAUCUCGACUCUGAUUUAUCGUGUUAAGCUUCAUCUCGACUCUGAUUUAUCGUGUUAAGCUUCAUCUCGACUCUGAUUUAUCGUGUUAAGUUUCAUCUCGACUCUGAUUUACCGUUUUAAGCUUCAUCUCGACUCUGAUUUAUCGUGUUAAGCUUCAUCUCGACUCUGAUUUAUCGUGGUAAGUUUCAUCUCGACUCUGAUUUAUUGUGCGAUAAACGUCAUAAUUAACUUGUUGUUUGCUCUGUACCUAUCACCUGAGAAACUGAUAUAUCAUCACCGUUGUACUAACUGUGCAUUUCCAAUCUAUAUUUUUUUUAUGUUUACUCUUGGGAGUCAUCUAGCACAACCUUUGACGUAAGACAAUGGGGUACCAUUGUUUACAGAAGUACGAUUUCGUGUCAUUCCUUAACACUACCAGUGGGAUUUAAGGUAAUGUCUCGAAUGUGCCAUCUAUUUUACCAAUUCAGAAAUCGAAAUUAAAACUUUUGAUAACGUGCCGGAUCAUAGAAUUCAUCCGUAUCUGUAUCACGUGGGUAGUAGGGUAUUAAAACAUAUAUGACUAACAUUUUAACUCCAGGUUAAGUGACGAUGAUAUGUUUAAACCCUAAUGCCGUUACCAUAGAUGAUGAUUUGUAGGCUAGAUGACUACCUUGUAUUCUCACAAUGUAUGUACAGUCGAACCUGUCUAUGGAGGUCACUACAGUUAUAUAUGGCCGUUAUAUACAGCUGGCCUUUACAGACAGGUCUGGUUUGUAAAAUAUAAAAAGUUGUGUGAUAUAACAGAAAGCCCGUACAGUCUAUAUAUAUAUCAUACACAUGUAGUUACGUAUUUGUUUGAUAUAUUUUCUGUAAAAUUCUAGGAAUAUCAGGUUGAUAUAAUAGAAUGUAUUAUAAUAUAUGUAUCAGGGUUCAGAUGCUGACAACAACUGUAUUAUUUAACACAAGAUGCCUUCAUAUAACCAAAUAAGGAUUUGCAUGUUGCCUUAUUGUUUUCAAGAAAUAACCGAAAUUACUGUUUGAAAACCAGUGGGAUUCCAUUUGGAAGGGAGAAUCGUCGAAUAUAUAUUCCAUUUAUAGGAAAUGGACAUUAUUAUACAGACAAUAAUAAGUUUAUAUGUAUCAUAUGUAGAAGAAAGUAUUUUAUCGUUACAAGGAAGAUGUAAGGUUGAAUUCAUUACAGGGUUUAUUACACUUGCAUGUUCAACACUCCAACAUAUUUUUAUAAAUAUUUUAUAUUAAGUGUGUCAAAUUCAAAAAACUGUUCAAAUUAUCUGUAUGAUUAAAUUGUGAUUCUUUAUUGAAAAAAUGUGUGAAUUAGUAGAUGCUAAUCCUACUGUAUAUGUUUACAAGGUAGCAUAUAUGUUGAGACGGAUGCUGAACGUGUACGGAUCAUUUUAUCGAGUAAGCUUCCUAUAGGAUAAUCACAGUAUUGUUUGGAAAAACACAAUCAUUCGAUUUUCUACGAAAUCCAGAAUAUGACAUUGUUUUGUUUGUGUAAGCGCUGUUGUAUUAGAAACAUGCUAAAUUGUCUUAUUAAAAUAUCAUUGUGACAAAAA